AUGGAGAUCAAGAAUGCUGACAAUAAUCCUGAUAUGGAAUGGCACUCUAACUGCAAGAUAUCUUGGGAUCGACAAGAGUUGGAUAAGCUAAAGGAAAGGGUGAAGAGCCGUGGCCCAGCUGUGGUGUUUAGAGAAUACCUUUUCAAGUACCACAGUGACCAGGAGAAUGUGCCGCCGCCAGGCCCACUCAAGACUCUGCAAAACUUGAGGUCACUGGCGAAUAGAGAGAUGCAGAACGACAAGGACGAAGAAGAGGACUUAAGAUUAGAAAUAAGGAAGGACCCGAAACUUUUGCUUGUCAACUUGGAUUACCCCAAGUUUCAAGUGGCGUGGACAACGACGCCAGGGAUGACGCUCCUAAAAAAAAGUGCCGACCAGACGGCAUAUUUGGACACGACGGGAGACUUCAUUCGCAAUGCCCCACCCAUCAAAGAAGGUGACCCAGAGCAGCCUGUGUUUUACGGAGCUCUGGUUGUCAUGCCGGAGAAGGGUAAGGAUAGUGCCCCUGUGUCCGAAAUGAUGACUUGCUCGCAAAAGACAACGGCAUUUGAAAUGUGGCUCCUCCAACUGCGGGACAGAUCAAGCAAUAGCCGAUCUAGCGCAGGUCGGAUCUUCAAAACUGUCGUGGUUGACGACUCCUGGUUAGUUAAACCGUAUCGUAGUUGUGCUUAA